GGCGGAUCACUGGCCGCGGCCGCUGCCUCUCCACUCACACGCCUCACUCACGGCCAGCACAUCAGCUGCUCGCUGCUGCCCCUGCCACAGUCCUGCUGGAUUUACCCCCGAACAAAGGAGGAAGGAGUAGGACCCGCCGCCAUCAUCCAGGGAAAGGUCAGUGAUGGUCAGAGCGAGUUAGAGCCCGCAGCUGAGGAUGUCUGCUACAGAUUCGGACAACUCCAUCGACUGGCUGGCGAGCGACAAUGAGGAAAACGAGAGCGAGCAAGAGUCGGACCGCGCAGCGAAGCAGAGCCAGACAGAGGCCUCUCCGUCCUCCAGCACCCCCGCGCAGCUGCGCCCGUCUGCGGGCGGCUGCCGUCACAGCGCCGCACUGAGGGAGGGCGAGGGCAACGCGAGCGAGGUCACCGAGGUCUCCAGGCGGGGAUCUCCCGCCUACAUGGGGAAACGGGACAGAGCCACCGCCACUGGACUGUGUAAAAAGCAGCAAGGAGAUCGAGCGAAUGGAAAAAACACCCAGCAACCACUGAAGAGACCCCACAGGUCCAGCGAGGAGCAGUGCAGAGAACGGCAGCUUAUUUCCAACACAUCAGAGAAAGACCGGAUCUUUAGCAGCAAGUGCUUGGAGCUGCAGUGCUACAUUCAUCCGCUGUCAUCAAUCCUACACGGUCUUCGCUCAGGGAGAUACAAACAAAGACUCAGCAGUUUCCAGGAGAGCGUGGCCAUGGACAGGAUUCAGAGGAUCAUGGGUGUUCUGCAGAACCCUUUCAUGGGGGAGAAGUAUAUUGAUAUCAUUCUUAAGAUGGAGGAAAUGCUGAAGAGCUGGUUCCCCAACGUGAAGCUCCAAGAGCAGCCCGCUGUCACCCAGACGGAGGACGCCGUUCAGAGCAAGAGGCUUAAGCUGUCUCCAGCGAGCACCACUGCAGCCACCGGCGACCCCUCGGCCGGCACCAAAGCCUUGCGAGUGACGGACCUGACGCCCCCCGGAGCCCACUCUGCCAGUAACCUGAAAUGGCUCCACACGUCACCCAUCUGCUCCCCCGUAGCAGAGCAGGCCCAGGCUGGUCCCAGGCACCUGCUGUCCCCCAGAGACAUGGACCUAACGCAGGACAGCGCUGUGUCCUCCAGCACGGACAGCCAAACUAAGACGGACUCGGUGCCCAGAGGGCCCCCCCCGCCGGGCAAAAUCAACGCGCCCUGCCUAGAGAGGCUCCUCAAAUCAACAGACAGCAUCAUCACACGCAAGGGGACGGGGGGGUUGAUGGACAGUAGCUGGUCCUAGUCCACGAGGAGGCCUAGGUGUCCAGCCGUAGCCUUGCCCACCCCUCCCCUGCCGUGAGCCGGUCUCCUCACUCAGCUCAUUCCAGCCUUCGGGAGAGACGGGAGCCUUCAAAAGGGACGUCACCGGUUCCUCUUCAGUGCGGAACGAGUGUCGGCAAACACGGCGUACGUUCUGUGCGGGGAGGCGCCCUCUCUGACAUGACAAGUGUCUGCUUUUUCUUUUUUUUUUUCUUUUUUUAAAAAGCUUUUGUUUAUCUAACAUUGUUUUUUAUUUGCACUCUUGAAUUGCGUGUGUGACAUUUGGAAGGAAAGAUUUCAAAUGCUCCGGGUAAGCAGAGCAAGUGACGACUCGGCCGGGCCUCGCCAUCGCCACCGUCUCGUUGAUGUCACGAUGCAGCUUGCUGAGCAUCUGUGAAGCUGUUAUUACUUCUAAAAGGGAGAGAACUGCAGGGGAAGUCUAAGACAUGUCAGCGGUCUACAUAUUGUUGUGCAUCAAAUGUGAUUUUCUUUCUUUUUUUCUUUUUUUUUUAAAUUUUGAUGUGGCCCCCCGCCCCCCUUCAUCACGACUCCAUUCUUAAGUUUAUUGAUGUGACUGUUACUCCUUUCUAUUCUUUAUUGACAAGUCUUUUUGUUCCGGUACAACUGUUCUACCUCAGUGAGCACCACGUCAUGGUUAGUGCGUAGGAAUGUGAACACUUUGCUCCAAGCCUGGACUCCCUCGCCAGAUCUGCAGUGAGCCAAACGGCCUCCGACAGCGAGGUGUGCAGUGCAAACAGAGGAUGCUCUCUCCACGGGGACGCUCUCAUGGCCCGACCGGUGCCAUUGUAAAGAAUGUCAACUGCAGAUUUGUGUCUCCGAGUCUCCCAGUGGACGGCAAACCGUGCCUGUAACGUCAAGCUGUGCCUGUAAGCUGGUUCAAUAAGGACAGAGAGAAGCUUCUGCAGGAACCUGCUCCUCUGUGGGAUGUACAAAUCAGGAAUCGUCACUCUCCUGCCAUUUCCCCCCGUACCGAGUCAAUUAUUCAGACUUGCCAACGACUUUCUGUGGUGGAGUAGAACAAUUACUAUUUUAUUUUGCUGCAGAACUGGACAGUGUGUUAGACCAGCAGAGAGGGACAUGGUAUUUGUUUGUGUAAAUUUUACUAAAAGGUUGUCAAUUUACCCUGAAAAGUGGCCUUUAUAGUGUGAAAUUUUAUACUUUCAAAAAUAAAUGUGGUUAUAUUUGUUUGAUGCGAAA